AUGGCUGGGAUGACACUCGGAAGGGCUUGGCAGCAGAUGUCCUGGUUCUAUUACCAGUAUCUGCUCGUCACCGCGCUCUACAUGCUGGAACCCUGGGAGAGGACUGUCUUCAAUUCCAUGUUGAUUUCUAUUGUUGGAAUGGCAUUAUACACUGGAUAUAUCUUCAUGCCUCAACAUAUCUUGGCAAUAUUACACUACUUUGAAAUCGUACAAUGACUACAGUGUGCUCAAGAAGCUACAGACCAGAGAGAUCCAUUGAAGGGAAGAAGCAACCUCCCAUGAUGAAAUGAGACUUCAACAGAUUUCCAACAUAUAUUAUGUCUAUAAAGACUAAAUUCCAUAUUAGUAGAACAAGGAAGGAAUCCCAAGCUCAUGUGUUGUGUUCAUUAUUGAAGUUUGUCUUUUUUGACAUUGUGGUCAUUUGUACUCUAAAUAUCAGUAUUUUCUUAAACCUUUGGGACUGUUUCACUAUUGUUCUGUGGAAGCUUUUCUUAAUGUAACAUUGAGUAAAUUUUGAUUGCCUUCUAUUUUUUAAAUCUGAGAUUCAUUAGUUAGACCUAUUGUUUCAGCAAAUGUCUGGCACAAAAAUCUACCUGAAUAUAUUUCUAGUAUUGACCAAAAUUUUGUAGAAAUAAUAACAAGAUGAGGAAAUAUUUUAAUUGAACAUAAGAUACUUCUUUGUAAGUUUAUACUCAAGGAAUAGUUUUAGCUAUCUAGAUUCUGUUCAUUAUAUAAAAUAUUUAUUUUGCUUUAGUGUUCUUAAACAUAAAAUGUCUCCUCAAUAGUGAAAUAACAAAGAAGAUCCUUCUAAAGUUAAAAUAAAGGAAUACCUAACUUUUUAAUAGUUAGCCUUAUUUUAUGGAUUUCUCAUUGAAAAUAAUGUUCUGUGAUAAGAUAUUUGGAGAAGUAAUUAAAUUUUAGUUAUUAGCAGCAUUGUCAUGGAAUGUUGGCUUCAAAUGAUAGAUUUAUUAAGUAAAUAUUAAAAGGUUUCCCUAAUGGGCAUAGAUAACAUUGUAAUCCUAUAAAAUUGAAUUUCAAGAUUAUAUUUAACUGGUGCUGAAAAAUAUAUUUGCAUAUUAUUGUUCACAAUGAAUAAUUAGUAAAACUACAAUUUUAUUUCAAGGAUAAAAUACCAUUUCACACUUUGUAAUGUGUGUAUGUUCUAUAUAUUGUAAGAAUUUACGUUCACAAAAUGUAAUUUUUCUGUGGUGAAGGCUCAUCAAAAUUGAAAAGCAACUGAUAGAAAAACUUUUUUUUUACCAACA